UCCGCCGCACUCUAAAAUCUCAACAAUAACGAUGAGAUUCAGUCCUCUCAUUCAUAAGAACGAAAAAAGAUAAAUGAGAAAUUAUCAUGGGGCUCUAGAGCUGCUUGUGAUGAAUGUGCACAAGUCCCUGCACCUCCACUAACUCACAGUUCAAAUAAUUCUUACGUAAUUCAGUGGUGAAUAAAUCAAUAAUUCAACCGAGAAUCUAAUCAAUUAUCUCCCUGUGUCUAUCAUAAACUCUAGUCAAUGCUCUGUCAAAUGAAUAAAAAUGAAUCGAUGAAUAGUUUUGGUCCGCUGAUCGGAGCUAUCGAUGAGGGGACGAGUAGUGUCAGAUUUUUGGUAUUCGCAGCAGAUAAUUCUGAAGUAUUGACAUAUCAUCAAAUUCCAAUACCAUUAUCAUACCCGAGAGAAGGAUGGGUUGAACAGGAUCCUCUGAAGAUCCUGAACGCAGUCAGAGAAUGUCUGAAUCAAACUGUCAUUAAUUUACAACAAUUGAGGAUUGAUCCGGCUGACAUCGUUGCGAUUGGUAUUGCCAAUCAAAGGGAGACGACAGUUGUCUGGGACUCAUUGACUGGAGAGCCUUUAUAUAAUGCUAUCGUGUGGAUGGACAUGCGAACAACUUCGAUUGUCGACGAUAUUUUGAAGAGCAUUCGUAAUCAAAAUAAAAAUUACCUCAAGCCACUGUGUGGUCUCCCAAUUAGUCCUUAUUUCAGUGCUUUAAAGUUGAGGUGGCUUCUGGAUCAUGUGGCGAAGGUUCGAGAAGCUGUAGAUUGUGGAAGGUGCAUGUUUGGUACUAUUGAUUCAUGGUUAAUAUGGAAUUUAACUGGAGGUGUUCAUGGUGGUGCUCACAGUACGGAUGUUACAAAUGCCUCGCGCACAAUGUUAAUGAACAUCAGGACGUUGCAAUGGGAUCAAACCCUUCUAGGCUUUUUUCGAAUACCAGAGAAUAUUUUACCCCAGAUUAGAAGCUCAUCUGAGAUUUAUGGGCAUAUCUAUGAAGGAACUCUGAAAGGAGUGCCCAUAUCUGGCUGUUUGGGAGAUCAACAGUCGGCUCUAGUCGGUGAGAUGUGCCUCCAGAGAGGACAGGCAAAAAGCACUUAUGGCACUGGAUGCUUCAUGCUGUACAACACAGGCACUGCUAUAGUGCAAUCUAGACAUGGUUUACUGACAACAGUUGCUUAUCAAUUGGGACCAACAGCCCCGCCGAUAUAUGCUCUGGAAGGUUCCAUAGCUAUAGCGGGAGGAGUAUUGGAGUGGAUCAAAGAGAAUUUGCAUUUCUUGUCUGAUGUGAAGGAGUCUGAGGUCAUGGCCGACCAGAUUCCACCAGGAAAUCAUGUGACAUUUGUUCCGGCAUUUUCGGGGCUUUAUGCUCCAUACUGGAAAAAGGAUGCUAAAACUGUGAUUUGUGGAAUAACUGAAAACACAACGAGUGCGCACAUAGUGAAGGCAGCCCUGCAGGCUGUCUGCUUUCAAAUUCGAGAUAUUCUGGGAGCCAUGGCAGAAGACACCGGAGUAAAUCUGACAAAAUUACUCGCUGACGGUGCCAUGUCGAAUAAUAAUCUUCUGAUGCAGAUGCAAGCAGAUAUCUGUGGAAUAUCAGUUGUCAGGCCACUGAUGAGUGAAACCACAGCACUGGGUGCUGCCAUGGCAGCAGGGAUGGCUCAAGGAAUCAAAAAGUGGGAUGUUAGAGUUGAUAUUGCUGUACCGAGUGAUACGUUCUUACCAUUGAUUACAGAAAAUGAACGAGAUAUGCUAUAUACUCAAUGGAAAAAGGGUGUCGACAGGAGUUUAAAUUGGGACGAACCACCAGACACCAAUGAAAAUUGCCUUGCAGACUGUCACAGCGCCACAUCAGCUGGUAUCUUCGUAUUAAGCACAAUAAUUGUUUUGAUGAUGGCCAAAUAUCGAUCAAGGCUAUGACUGACCAGUAAAUCUUAGAAAUCACCCAGUGCUGCUGGUCUCAGCCUCAGGGAAAUCCCAUAAUUUUUGUUGCCAAAUAAACAAUU